AUGAACAACAAUAGUAACACUAAAUUGGAUAUUCUUCCAAAACUUAUGACUUCUCACCAUAAACUUCUUGAGCCAGCUUAUUUAAAGAAUACUCAAUUCAAAAUGAGCCAAAAUGAGAGUAAAUUGUUACCUGUCAUUCAGAGGAGUUCCAUGAUGUAGCCUAACUCAAGUUCAAAAUAAUUAAUCGUAUAGAGUAAAUAGAAAUUUAAUCUUAGGGUUGAUAGGCAAUUUAGAAUUUAGUUCUAGACAUUUUGGAGCUGCCUGCGAUAGAGGUUUUUAGGGGUUAUCUAAAUAUCACUAUUCUCAAAAAUUUGGUCAUUCUGCUGUUAGAUUGGAGCCACUUAAUAGAAAUAUUAUAGCAGAACUCACUGAUGCAGAGGAUAUUGAUGAAAUUCCAAAGGAUGAAAGGACCUAUUAUAAAAGAAUAUAUAAAUUUAAGAACAUGCCAAUUUUAGCAUUAAUUAAGUCUUUUGAAAUAGAAUGGGUAAGAGAGUUUGAAGAUGAAGUAAAUAAGAAAUCAACUAAAUCAUUGCAAUUAAGUUUUUAAACUGCUCUUGCAAUAUUUAAUACAUUUCCUGAUCCAUUAGAAUUUUUCUAAAAAAAUCUUUAAUUGCUUGAAAGAAGUUCUGUUGCUUUAAAAUAAAAAGGAUUGACUUAAUUAAAGUAUAAAGUAAAGAAUUUUGAAGAGGAAGAAUUUUAGAGAAUGAUAGUAGUAAAAAAUUAAUCAGGAUAAGGAUACUUUCGAAUAUAUUUUCCAACAAUUUAACUUUAUUUAUAAGAAUACUCUCAUAAUUAAACUAUUGAUUUGUCACCUCUUAGAUUAUAUGAAAUUGUAAAAAAUAACUUUUUUGAAAUGGCCUCAAUAGUGGAAUAAUUUGAUUUAGAGAAAUUUAAAAUAUAUAUAUAAGAUUCAGAAAACAAGGGAAUAUUAGAACAAUUAGAUGAUCAAACGAAAAAAAGUGAUGAAAAUAUUUUAAAGCCUGAAUAAAAAAGUAAUGAAAAUAUUUUAAAGCCUGAAUAACCAGAGUCAUAGGAAAUAGAAUAAUAAUCCUAAAAAUAAAUUAAUGAUCAGGGAUAAAGUGUAGAUUAAUAAUAGAAUACUGAAUAAUAAUAAUAAUAAGAAUAAAAAGAAUAAUAAUAAUAAUAAUAAUAAUAAUAAUAAUAAUAAUAAUAAUAAGAAUAAAAAGAAUAAUAAUUAUAAUAAUAAGAAUCAACAUAAUAAUAAUAAUAAGAAUCAACACAAUAAUAAUAAUAGGAAUCAACAUAAUAAUAAUAAGAAUCAACAUAAUAAUAAUAAGAGACACCAAAAUAAUAAUAAUAAGAGACACCAAAAUAAUAAUAAUAAGAAACACCAAAAUAAUAAGAAUAAGUUUUAAUUACUAAACCUGUGAAUACCGAUAUUACCAUUAUAAUUAUUGAAGGUAUUAUUUAUUUUAAAAAAAGAAAAACAUGAAUUUCCAGAAUAGAUUCUAUAAAAGAAAUGGAUUAAGAAGGUUGUUCCAAAAGAUAAUAUAUAUUAUACAGUUGAUUUUUUACCUUUUUAAAUUCUAAUUAGAGAGAAAAGAUCAUAAAAAAUAAUCAAAAUGUAUUCUCCAUCUUUAAAAGAAUUGGAUUUUAUAUUAUUCCAAUUAAAUCAUAAAAACUUACUUCAAAUAUUAGAAGAUCAUGUAAAGACAACAUUUGAUAUGCCCCCAGAAGCAUUUGAUUAUAAAGAUUUUAAAAAAGGAACUAAAAUAACAUUCCUUUUGGAUGAGAUAACAGAAAAACCUCUAGAGAUUACUGAAGAAUAACUAAAUAAUGGUUUAUUAAGUUCAUAGACAAAAGAGAUUGAAGUGAAUAAUAAAGAUUUACAAAUAAUAAUAGAGUAAAAUAAUUGAAUAAAUUUAGACCUUGUAUGCUUGAAAUCUAUAAUUAACUUAAAUGUAGUACAAUUAAAAGACCAUGUACUUCAAAAGAACUAACACAUAUUCUAGAGAAAAGAUAUUCAAUUGGUUAUAGAUUGAUAUGA